GCGAAUGGAAGAACAAAUGGAAUGAACGACACACAGCGGUUGAGUGCAAAGAUGUCCGCUAUAGUUCACGACCCUGCUUAAAGCUUUUAAUAGAAAAUCGUCGAGAAUUUUUAUUACGAACAAUGUCGGAAUUCUAGACGACAGUUGUGAUUGUUGUUGAUUAUUUAUUGUGCCAUUAUUAUAGUUUUCGAUCAUAAUGGAUGAUUAUACCACGCAAAUAUCAUUGAGUGCUUUAAAUUCUGAUUACAAUGGAGACAUAACGACAACUCAUGAUGGACUGGUUACCAUCAAACAUGAGCCGCAAGAUAUUGUAGAUGAACAUUAUCCAAUUCAGAUUAGCAGUGAAACAUCAGAAUUUAUCAAUAAUGAACCUUUAAUGAACCAUCAAGAACCUACCAAUUACACGGAAAGAUUUAAACUAAAAGAAUGCUACAUUCGACUUGAGAAGUGCGACAAAAUAUGGGAGACAUUGAAGGUUAUUAAAAAUCUCCAAACCCCGGUGACCAACAGAAACAAGAAUCCUAAAAUAGCAGUUAAAAAUGUUGUUCAAAAUCAAUCGCCAAGUCCAUCGCCAAUGUUGUAUCAACCCACAUUGAACAAUGGGAAUUCAGCUCUACCUAAUUUUCAAUUUGCCAUCAAGAGUUGGAAGAGAUUGUACACCUGCACUUAUUGCGGCAAGCAAUAUGUCGAUAAUCGAAGUCUUAAAGCACAUCUUUUCAAACUCCACAAUGUUAAUCCAGAAACGGAUUCACCAAGAGAAAUUCCCUCACCAAUUGAAAUCCCACGUCCUCUUGAUAUUCCUCGACCUAAAGAAAUUCCCCAACUUCUUGACCUACCUCGAUCGAGUCCCAAGCUCGGCAAAAGAAAAGUUGACCCUGGAAAACCCUUUGAAUGCAAUACUUGUGGAGCAAAAUAUGCUGAUGCACGUUCCCUAGGCAGUCAUUCACUUCGACUUCAUGGAAUUCUCACUGAAUUUCAUGAAAGAUGGUUGUCGCAACAGGAGAAUCCGAACGACUAUACAGUGGAGGAUUUACUGAAACGCCAUUCUUGUAAUUCAUGUGGCAAAAGAUAUAGUUGCACCAAGAGUUUACGAAUGCAUUAUUUGAGGGAACAUAAUUUUGUCUUGCCACCAUUGCGAGCCGGUCGACGAACUCUUGGCCAAGGUCCCGUGAGUAAUUUGAUACACACCGGUGAUAUGCAGAAACACAUGAAUAUCUGUACCAUCUGCGGCAAGAAGUACACGAAAAAUUGGUAUCUACGAGUUCAUUGCCUCGAAGUUCAUGGCAUUCCCAUGGUUUGUAACCGAACGAAGAAGAGUUUCACUCCAGCCAUGCGUGUCAUCAAGAAAGAAGUCCUCGACGAACCUGUGCCCCACAAACUCGUAUCAACGGACAUGAAUUUCCCAUUACCACAAGUGAAGAAAGAACCACAAGAGCCAGGAGCAGUUCCACCAAUAAAGAAUAUCGCCAAACGACAUCAGUGUGCAGCUUGCAAGAGAGAAUUUCUAACCAUUUCCAAACUACGCGUUCAUUGUAUGGCCCUACACGGAAUUGUCAUACCAAGGAUUAGGAAACCCUACAAAAAGUCGAUUUUCACCAUGAACAAAAAAGGAGCAAGUUUGAAAAUCGAUCCUAGAACACAAGCUGCCCUGGGACAUUUCCCAGAAGCAGGAAUGAUGAACGCAAUGCAACCGAAUUUGAAUAGAAGUGUAAAUACCAGUAUUGAGACGAAAAUAAAACCCGAGGCAAGAAUGGUCUCAACACCAAAACAAGUGAGUCUUGAUCGCUACUUCAAGUCACCGACAAAUGGCGAAAACAUCUUCCAAAAAACCGCAAAUACAAGUCAGCAAAAUUUCGCCAAACGGGAUAGGAUACCUCCUAGGGAUUUGCAAGACGAACCAAAAGAAACCGUAAAAAGUGCCACCCAACAAAAAGCGCCAGCCAAUCUGAUAAAAUGCAAUCUAUGCUCGAGCAAUUGCAAAGACAUCAGGAAGCAUUACAUCGCCUAUCAUAAAAUUCGCUAUCCUGAGACUAAUGUCAUGAAGGAUUUAGCAGCAUCUAGUGACAGUACACUUGAAUCAGAUAAAGCAGAAAAAGCAUCAGAAAAAGCACCAGUAAAAGGACCAGAAAAAGCAUUAGUAAAAGCACCAGAAAAAGUACCAGAGCUCAAGAAACAACCGCCUAGAAAAAGAAGACGCAAAUUCAUCACAAUGGGCAGGAAAAAGAAACGAAAGAUCGACAACACACCAAUUGAACACCAACCACUAGAAUCUACAAUUCCAGUUAUAAUUCCCGAUACACCAACUACACCAAUAAAAUUACAAGAGACUCAAUUUCUUCCAAAGAAACUAUCACCAAAAUUACCCUCUCCCACAAAAACCCAAUUCAAAUGCAACAUUUGCGGUGGUUUUUACGCCACUCCAAAAAGUCUGAAAAUCCACCGUCAACGACAUCGAACGAAGGGCGAGACAAAGGAGAACAUUCAUCUCAUUGCCCACAACUAUAAAAAUAUGUGGAAAUCUCAAAGAACCCCAGAAUCCUCCAAUGAAGAUUUGGAUUUUAACAUUGGGAACGAUUCCCGAACAUCUUCAAAUGAAAGUAUUACCCAAUCAUCAUCAACAUCGGAUUCAAUGGACAGAUUGAUGAAAUCGACGAGUAGAAAAAUUUACAGUGCAAGUGAAACAACAUGUGAAUGUGGACGUGGUUUUCGUGAUCCACAUACAAUGUACUUGCACAAGGAUAAAUGUUCGUCGGUGAAUAAAAUUGACAGGGAUAAAAUAACUGUUGCUCGUUCAAGUAGCGAUCGUGAUUCGGGAAUUGGAAUCAGUAUCACAAUAAAGAAGAAGAAUGAUUCAUAUGAAAUAGUUAGCCGUGAUAGUGGAGAUGAUGAUAAAUCGAAGGAUUCGAGUAUUUCAAAGGACUCGGAUCAAAUUUCACAUUCUUCGGAUAGCAAUUUCUCGAAUGGGGUUUUUAAUGAUCGAAAAUUCCUUGACUUGAUAAAGGGACAGUGCAGCAAGGAUCACAGUGUACUGAAAAUUGAGGAUGCUGAUGAUGAUGUCGAUGUGGACAUCGAGGAUGACAGUCAGACAAACAUCAGUGAUAGCGAAAAUGUACGAAGUGUGGCGAAAAAAGAACUCAAGUCCCCUAGAGUUAGUGCUGAAGAAGAAGAUGACAACUUUAGUCGAACAGUAGAUCCACUAGAUGUUGAUCUUUACAGAUGUGCAAUUUGUUUGGAACUUUUCAAAGAAAUGGAGAGUCUUACGAUACAUAUGAAACUCCAUGAAUCGAUGCGCGUCAUAAGACAGGAGUGUCCUUGUGGAAAGACUUUCAGGGGAGCUCAAGGUUUUCUAACCCACGUUGAGGAGUAUCAUCCCCUAUGGCUGCAAUGCGGUUACUGCGAUGUCACUUUCCUGAAUAGCAAGGAAUACUAUUCACACUCUUGCGAAGUGAACAAGGAGGGUAAAGAAUUCGAGGACUUCCAGGAAAUUGUUUGUCACUACUGUUCAUCAAAAUUAAGAAUGACGAAUUUCGAAUCUCAUGUCACUGCUCACCAUUUCAUAGCCGAAAAACCGUUCUUGUGCUACUUUUGCAAAAUGCGUUUCUCCACGAAGCGACAAAGAACAAUUCACCUCACUACCGAGCACGCGAAGCCCAAUUGCAGAAUUUGCGGUCAAACAUUACGUUUUGAUUUUGUCGCAAAACAUGAGGCAUAUCAUCAAGGUUUGGGUUAUCCUUGUCACAUUUGUAAAAAAGCUUUCGCUUCCUAUAGGCUAAUGAGUUCACAUCAAUUCGACGUGCACACCAGAGAUGAUGUCAAGUGUAACAUUUGCAAGAAGUCCUACACUAAAAGGCACAUCAAAUAUCACAUGAUGUCACACGCCAAGAAGGAGAAAUGCAAGCUAUGCAAACGGGGUUUUCAUAGUGUCCCUAUGCUGCUGAAUCAUAUUAAAGCCGUUCACAAGAAUACUUAUCCCUUCCUCAAGUGUGACAUCUGCAGUGAAAAAUUCAUCGUUGAGUCGCAACUCAAGAACCAUUUCACUCAAAAUUUGUGCAAGAAGAAUAAAAAAAUCAAGAAGCUUCAAGUAGAACUAAAAACUGCACCAAAAGGUACACCAGAGGAUACGAAGAAAGGAACAUCAGAAACAAACAAUUCAACGUUGGAAAAUCAAUCAGAAAGUGCGGCAGAAAAUGCAACAGAGGAUACGACGAAAGGAACAUCAGAAACAAGCAUUUCAACAGCUGAAAAUAAAUCGGAAAGUGCGGCAGAAAAUGCAACGGAAGAUACGAUGAAAGGAACAUCAGAAACGAACAUUUCAACAUCAGAAAAUAAAUCGGAAAGUGCGGCAGAAAAUUCGACAGAAGAUACAACAGAAGAUACAACAAAAAGAACAUCCAAAACAAACAUUUCAUCAUCAGAAAAUAAAUCGGAAAGUGCGGGAGAAAAUACAACAGAAAGGAAAACAGAAAGUGCAGCAGAGAAUACAGCAGAUAAUACAGCAGAAAGUACAGCAGAGAUUACAACAGAAAAUGCAGCAGAGGAUACAACAGAAGAAAAAACAGAAAGUGCAGUAGAAAAUACAACAGAAGAAAAUACGACAGAGGGAAAAACAGAAAGUGCAGCAGAGAAGACAACAGAGGAAGAAACAGAAAGUGCAUCAGAGGAUACAACAGAAGAAAAAACAGAAAGUGCAACAGAGGAUACAACAGAAGAAAAAACAGAAAGUGCAGCAGAAAGUCCAACAGCAGUUAAAGAGGCGACAGAAGAAGAUUCUCUCAAUAUAACAAUAAAAAUGGAAACACCAGCUAACGAUGAGAAUCAUUCCGAAAUGGACGAAUCUGUCGAAAUGGACGAACCACUCGCGUUAGAUCCAUCAUCAGACAUGGAUGGUCUUCUAGAAUCUGCCGAGUCGACAAUGCACGACAUCGCCGAACAAAAUGAUUCCCUAGAACAAGAAAUAAUUCCUCCAGUUGAUGAUGAUCUACCAAAGGAAGAAAAAACUCCCGAAGAGGAAACUGAGAAAGCAACCGAAACAAUAAGAACAUUAAACGAGACUGAAAUGGAGACAACAACAACAACGACUGAACCAACAUCAGAGAAUAAAUCUCUGGAUGAAAAUUCCCGACCCGAAAAAUCUCGGGAACAAUUGACUGUUGCUAAAACUUUGACUGAACCAACAAAAGAUUGUGAUUCUGAGAAAGAAGAAAAUGAACCAAGUGGAAUUGCAGAAACUUUAGAGUCAGUGGCAAAUGAUUCCAAUGAGGCGAUAAAUAUAACCGAUUCCUUCACAUUAGAUGACGCUGAAACGUCGCUAAUCGACAUAACCACCGUGAAUUGCAAUUCAACAGCAAAAGAAAUUGUCACUUCAAUGGAAAUUGAUUGCCAAGAGAAAAGUAUUUCCGAAUCGAUUGAAAAUGAAAUGCAAGUUGAUACGUAAGUCAAGUGAAUCUAGUAAAUAUUAAGAGUGAAUGUUUUGCUAGCUUAACAUCUUAGAAAUUAAGAUCGCUAUUCAUUUAUUUAUUUCCAAAAAAUGUACAAUUUCUUUUCAUAAUAUAUUCGUUAAACUGCAAAUGGUCUUUCAGUUCCAAAAAAGGUUUAUUGCUUCUUUUUUUUAAACUAUUGUCUCGCUUUGUCCACUUAUUUAUUUCUUCCAUAACUUUUUUAUUUGCCCCCAAUGAGAUGACUUUUAAUUAAUAAAAUCGAAUCAGUGGUUUUGAAUAAAUUUUAUUGACGAUAAAUUGACUUGAUUACGAGCAAGGAAUAUACAAUAAAAAGAGAAUUAUUUUUUUUUGUAAAGGGAAAAAAAAGUUGUUGUUGCCUAAAUAUUGUUAAAGAUUGUAAGACGAUCAAAAUAUAUUGUCUGACAAAAAGUGUUGAAUUCACUUAGAUUGAAAUAUAUAUUCUUUUUGUCAAUUUUGUUAUUCACAAAAUUUUCUUGAGUUAUGCUGGUAAUGAUCGUAAAAUUAUUAAAAAAAGGAAAAAUGAUGACAUAUUUAAAGUUCUACGUGACCAUACUGUGUUAUGAUAGAUAUAUGCGACUCUAAUAAUAUAAAAAAAACUAUGUGAUUAACAUCGGUAUUGAUCUUUGUUUUCUAACAGUCGAAAGAAAUCACCUAAUUUAUAAGUUGCUAAUGAUAAAAAUCAUCCGUUCUUUUUUGUAAAUAUAUAUAAAUAUAUCUAACUUUAAUAAAAACCAAAGUAAAAAGUGUUGCCGGUAGUAGGGAAUAAAAGAUGUCAAAAUUAUUUUUUUUUCACAGUGAAUUUUUGUCGAUUAUAGUUGACGCAUUAUGUAAAAGGUCUAGAAUUCUUGCUAAAACAUUUCAGUAUUAUUACUUUUCGAACAAGCUAAAUUAUUAAUGAAAUUUGUUGAUCUGUAUUUGUUAUUUAAUGAAAGAGGGAACAUUGUCAAUGACUACGUAACAAAACUCGAAAAUUGAGUAAUAUGGAAAAGAGAAUAAGAAAGUUUGUAUGAUAUAUGUGGCAUAUUUUUGCUAUAUGACAGUUAUUUAAUUGUAUUUUUUUAUUAUAUAAUUACCGAAGAUGUCAACAAAUUUUUGUUUUACUGCGAAAAAUCAGAAAUUGUGUUUAAUAGAAUAUGAGAGCAACAUGUGUGCCCUAUGGACAUUGGGACAUUCUUAAGAUGUUUAUGUCCGUUCGAAGGACUUCCAAAAGAUAUUUUAUAUAGACAUCAUUCAGACACAGAGGAUGUCGACAUCUUUUUGGUGUCUUUCGAACGGACAUUAGGCUUUUUAAAGACAACACAUGUCCCAGUGCCCACAGGGUAGAAAUAAAAUGAAAAUAGUAUGCCACUGGUUGCAAACGAUAUAAAUAUUUUUUUAUAAACAUGUAAAUGUAGAAGUACAACUUGUAAAUAUAUGCAGAUUUAGUGAUGAAA